CAAUCAGGGCAAGGCUACAUCAGCCAGUUCUACAAAACCGUAUAAACACUAAGAAGAGACGGUAAUAUAGUAACAGUGCUAUAGCUACCUACAAGCGAAGAGAGUGAGCUCGCAAGCCUCGCCAAGCGAGAGGCAAAGAUAGCAACUAGACCAAACACUAGGCCACAGACACAGCUCCCUAGAAUGCGAUCAACUACGCACAACAUAGCACGUAAGCAAGGCAUAGCUAAGAAGGUGCUAGUAGACGUGGGAGCAUACUCUAAACGAAUCGACGCAGCACUGCCAGGAAAGCAUACACGGCAACUCUACGACGGGCUCUCGCGGAAAGAGAGCAGCGUGCUUACCCAGCUUAGAACAGGCAUGGCACAGCUAAACACGUAUCAAUACUAAAUUAAGGCAUCAACAACAGACCAAUGCGAAUGCGGCCAGGCAGCAGAGACGGUGGAGCAUUUUCUGUUCCGCUGCCGAAAGUGGACGACACAGCGGAUGGAAAUGCUGCAGUACACGCAGAUAAGCAGAGGAAACAUGUCAUUCUACUUAGGCGGCAAAGCAGCGACAGAUGACGCGAAAUGGGCGCCAGACAUGGAUGCAGUGCGAGCGACGAUACGAUUCGCAAUAGCAACACGAAGAUUAGAUGCAAACUAACAUCUAACUAACCACUAGGUA